UGCAUCCACCAUGGCUUCCCGUUUUAGCUCUUCAUCAGCUUAUCAAGUUUCUAGCUCAGGUGGUGGCUAUGGAGGUGGUUAUGGUGGUGGCAGCAGCAGCUAUGGUGGUGGCGGCGGAGGCGGCAGCUAUGGUGGUGGCAGCGGCGGUGGCAGCUAUGGUGGUGGCUUUGCCUCAGGUGGCGGCAGCAGCUAUGGUGGUGGCUUUGCCUCAGGUGGAGGCAGCUAUGGUGGUGGCUUUGGGGGAGGCUAUGGCGGUGGAUCCAGCGGUGGCUUUUCCUUUGGAGGAGGAGGAGCAGGGUCAGGCGGCCUGGGCAGCUUCGGUGGAGGCGAAAAGCAGACGAUGCAAAACCUCAAUGACCGUCUAGCAUCCUACCUAGAUAAAGUUAGGGCCCUGGAAGCAGCCAACACUGAACUGGAGACCAAGAUCCGUGAGUGGUACGAGAAACAAGUUAGCGGUGGUGUUGGCAGUGGAGCCAAAGACUACAGCAAAUACUAUGACAUCAUCAAUGACUUGAGAGCCAAGAUCCUGGCUGCUACCAUUGACAACUCUCGCAUUGUCCUGCAAAUUGACAACGCAAGACUUGCUGCCGAUGACUUCAGACUUAAGUUUGAGAAUGAACUGGCUCUCCGCCAGAGUGUGGAAGCUGACAUCAAUGGCCUCCGCAAGGUCCUGGAUGAGCUGACCCUGUCCAGAGGAGACCUUGAACUCCAAAUUGAGAGCCUGUCUGAAGAGCUGGCCUACCUCAAAAAGAACCAUGAGGAGGAAACACAAAUCGCAAGAGGCAGUGCUGCCGGCCAGGUCAGUGUAGAGAUGGAUGCUGUUCCAGGUAUCGAUCUCACUAAGAUUCUGAAUGACAUGAGGGAAGACUAUGAAGCUAUGGCUGACAAGAACCGCAGAGAUGCCGAGGCUUGGUAUGCAUCAAAGAGCGGUGAAUUGAAGAAGGAAAUUUCAGUCGGUGUGGAACAGGUGCAGUCAACCAAGAGUGAAAUCUCCGACCUCAGACGUACCCUCCAAGGCUUAGAAAUUGAGCUCCAGUCUCAGCUGGCAAUGAAAAAAUCCCUUGAAGAUACCCUUGCAGAUACAGAAGGCCGUUAUGGAGGACAGUUGCAGCAGCUCCAGCAGAUCAUCAGCGGAACAGAAGAUCAGCUCAUUCAAGUCAGAUCAGACAUAGAACGCCAGAGCAUGGAAUACAGAGAACUGCUCGACAUCAAGACCAGGCUGGAGCAGGAGAUUGAAACCUACCGCCGCUUGCUGGAUGGAGAACUGGGGUGAGUCCAAAAAAUAUCUCUCACCCAUUUUUGCAUUUUGGAUUCCAAAAAAGACCCAACCAAAACCAGAAAGGUGAAAACCAUCGUUGAAGAAGUUGUAGAUGGGAAGGUGGUGUCUUCAAGGGUGGAGGAGGUAGAAGAAAAGAUGAAUUAA